GAAGAAUGUAGUGGCAAAACACUUUUCUAUGGCAAAGAGAGGGGGGAGAGCGAGGACAUACCAUCUAGGAAGUGGCGGCAGUAACACAAAGCACGCAGAGAGAUACCGCCGACUGUGUUGUGUCCCUGAGAAUUCUGUUUCCUGUCUCCCGUUGACAAUUUGCUUCUUAUCUCCGUAUUCUUGAGAGUCUUUUCGUGAGGAAGGGAGGCUCCAAGACAGACUGGCGAUGCGAAGAAUGCAUCGUUUCCCUCUCUAAAAGCCUCCCUACAUUUCGUUCCAGGUACCAGUCCAAACGACCCCAGUCGAUACGUCUCUGCGACAAACGAGGCCCCGGUGUCUGUACACCGCAGACACACUUGAUUGUUUGUGCUAUGUUGGUUUCUGCAGACCCUGCUCUUUUAUUGGGGGCGCGCACCAAUGCGUUUCUCCCCCUGCUUGGCAUCUUCGAAGACUGCAAAGCGUGCCGUUAAUGAGAUGUUUUGCUAGAUAUUGCAUUUCACCACUUUUAGCUGUCUUCAGCAGGCCAGUCGAGGAGUGGAGUAAAACAGGCAUACCGAACUUUGUUGAGUAGUUAGAGGGGAGUUGAGUGUGCCCUUCCACCUCUGCAGGUCGUCUGUUUCAUUCGCUGAUUUACUUUUCCCUCGGAAAAAAAAAGACUAUGGCGACAGCGGGUUUCUUGUCUCACGUUGUUUCUCUUUGUCGCUUCGCUGCCUCGCCGUGUCCUCCCUUUUCUGUCCUCAUUUCAUCUGCGUUGAUUCUGCCGGGUCCUUUUCUUCCCACGCCCACGGACUACGCUCCGGUCUAGUCUGCGACUGUCUCAGCUGAAUUGAGAUUCUCCGGGGCAUGCAGUUCCUCGCUUGUUGAACACCUCGAUUUCAUUUUUCCGGUUCCUCCCUCUCUUCCAUGUAACUUCUGUUCGCCUCUCUCCCUCCUGUUCUGGAUCACUUCUAUACGCGACUUGGUCUCCUCCACCUUGUUCAAGCUCUUGCUCUCUCGAUAUCUCUCCUUGGGAGAAGCUCUUUCCUCUCUUCUGUACCGCCAAGCUUUUUCAGGAGCUCCUUCGCGAAAGAGCCUCUUUCGUCUUCAGUAUCUGAGGCCCCCCGUGUCUCUUUUUCGUCCCCUAUCUUCCUUGGCUUCUGCUUUUCUGCGGAGUUUAAAGCCCACUACGAAGAAGGCGCGACAGGCACGUUUUUUUCUACAGGGGACGACCCAUAGGUCAGACAAAGGACCGUUUGUUGGCGCUAUAUGUCUUUUUCGCUGCAUUGGAGUAGUCGUCCGUCAAGAGGCUUUUCGGCUGGUGGAACGGUCACACCCAGAUGACGCAACAUACCAAUGAACCGGCUCGGCACUGCUUCGUGUUGUCUAGCUCUGCCGCCACCUUGUUCCACGAUUUCCAUCCUUCAGAAAAAUGAAGUUUCGGGGACUGUCGCUCGGGCGCGGUGUCCCGCGUGCCGCUGUCCAGAUCCCUCUUUUUGUUAUCGUUUUCCCCACCCUCGUUCUCUCGGGUGUCUGUACUCCCCAGCGUGCCCCAUUGUUCUGUUCCUCUCACACGCCGCCGUCUGCGGGUCUUUUUCGAGGGGCGUCUCUGAGUCCACACGCGUCCUCUCAUGAGUCUUCUUUGCACAGUUUUUCGCUCUUCUUUCCUCUGGUUUCUCUUUUCUCUUCGCGGUGGUCUUCCUCUCCUGUCUCUGUCCCUCGUCCACACUCUUCAGUUUCCGCUCUGAACUUGGCAACACAGUUCGUUGAGCAACCGUAUCGCCUUUGCUUCUCUCCCGGAGAGUGUCCAGCAACGCUCUUCACUUGUUUGCUACUUUGUCUUUUUUUCUGGCUCUGCAUGUGGCGUGAUCUGCAAAGUUCCAUGUCUCCGGCUCGGUCUUCGUCGAAGACAGGUUUCGUCCCUCUGUUCUCUGGGUCUCUCGCCGCUUCCUUUCUGUUCCUUUCAUUCCAAUUGCCUUUCUCGUCUCUUCUCGGCGCCACCGCUGUCUCGCCCCCGUUUAUUCAGUCUGUGGCUCUGUCACCUUCCUUGCAUACACGCCGGUCCAUCGCUUUCGCGUCGGCCUCUCCACAGCUGCACUCCGCCUGCGAGUGGAGAGGAGCUAGCUCAAGAACGGGACGCCCUUCCUCGUCGAGUCUCGUCUCGCCUGUUCAACAAGCCUGCGGGAGUGCUCUUGCUUCGUACACCUCACCUGCUGGCUGGUCAAGCGCCUCUUCUCGCUGCCACAGUGCGUCUUCGUCCCCUCUCUCUUUCGUCACCGAUCAGGACGGCGCGACCAGGGCCCCAGACGAGUGGGCCGAGGAAGAACACGCUUCGCUGCUAGAACAGCUUCCCAAAUUUUCGUUUGACUUCUUUGAAGAAACGCCCGAGCCGCCUCCCCUCGCUUCGCAUGGCCCCGAGGACUCGCCAACGAUCCACGUGCCCGGCGUCUGGCACUUCUACUUGCCUCGGAGUAUGUACACUGCAGGCGCUGCCGAAGAGGGGAGCAGCGCGACAGAGUCGGAGAAGCGAGGAACCACCAGCGCUGGAGAUGAGGCGGAGAAUUCGGGCGAAGCAGGGAAGUCGGGGGGGAAAGGAAGGCGCCGAAACAAGAAAAUGGAAUCGACAGAGACCGAGAUGCCGCGGGAGAAAGGGGGGACGACCCGAGGUGGAAAGCAGCAUGCAUACACCUCAGAUCCUGAAGGGAUUUGUGGACGGAAAGAGGACUACGACGGGCCUGAGGCCAUCUAUUUUUUCGAGGACCAUACAGCUCUCAUUCCCUCGCUGUCUGCACGAGGAAACUGGGCGCUUGUUGAUCCACAGAAAAACUCCCCAUUGCUCAACAAGGAGUUCCGUCUCUGCAUUUUUAGCGCACAGUCUCCACACGAGAGACUUCUGCUCAGAGGCGUCUUCGCCUUCUCCCCGCGACCUGCGAUUUCGCUGUGGGAUGAAAGAGUGCAGUUGCAUGCAGCGCAGAUAUCGGGUUCCACGUUUGUUCGACGUGAUGUAAAGGAACUGGCGUCUUCAGCUGCAACCGUCUUGCCGCCCAACGUCGAACUGUGGGACAACGCGGGCAACGUUGUUUUGGGGCAGGAGGCGGAGACAAAGAAGAAAGAAGAAGACGCGUUGGAGGAAACAGUUCAGUUUCUGUCUGCUGGAGACUUCACAGCCUACAGAGUCCUCGGAGAAGACGAGAAUUACUUCAAAGUCCACCAUCACUUCAUCCGGUCAGGGCCUAGACGGUUGUACCACGUCCUGGAGCCUGACGCGCCGGAGCUGUUUCCAGGUGCGACUGCGCCCGUGGAGACGCUUUUGGCGCCAAAGAGUCCAGUAGCUUUGUAUCCUUCGGCAGCUCCUGUGAAGCAAGGCGGCAAGCGAAACCACAGGAAGGUGAUGCAGCCUGGUGACAAGGGGAUGACGGAAGACAAACAAAGUGAGGAAACUAAGGGAGAAGUUCGCGAGCGUCUUGAAGCCCUGCUGCACCAGUUUUCCCAGGAGCCCCCCGAAGCAGUUCUGUGGCCUGUGCCACGACUGCCGAAGCGGGCAGCUCUUGAAGAAGACGAGGAAGACGAAGAAGAUGAUUAAAUUGUACCAGUUUUAUCGUUUGCGCAAUGCUUUCGUCUUCGGUGGUUCUUUACCUCCUGUUCUUUCUGAGAAUGUGUCGACAGUCGUAUGUCGGUCGGCGCACAAACGGCCUCAACGGAGCCACAGAAUCGUCAGAAACGUUUCAUUUUCGUUUCCAGCUCUUUCUCGAGAGUUCCGUCGCUCCAGGUGUCUCCUGUGACAAACGGAUGCAGUGUGCAGCGGCGAGAGAACGGACGCAGGAAGUCGGGAUCUGAUUCAGUUCAAUCCAGAUUGAACUCGACUGACAGAGGCGUCCGACACUAUGCAAAAACCGAAACAGAAAACCUCACUGUAACUGCCAAAACACUCGCGAAAUCGCAGUUUAUCUCUGUCCCAAAAGUACAAUGCCUACCGUUGAAGGCAUGAGAUAAUGUGGUCGUUGUUUAUCGUUUUUCUCUGUUUCCUGGGAAAGAAAUCUGAGACAUUGAAGAACUGGAAACCCAGCAACAGCAUCUUCUCGACUCUACAUCCGCG